CGAAAGGGAAGAAGGGGUUACUUUUAACGAGAUAGUCUCUGUGAAUAUGUAACAUCUAAGUUGAGACUUGGAAGGUGGAGGAAUGCAAACAGCCAGGCAAACAGCGUAAGCAGAGCAUUCCGGGAGGAGGAAACAGCAAGUGCAAAGGCCAGGAUGUAGGAAGGGGCUGGGCAUAUCGAACAAAAGGAAAGAAGGCCGGUAGGCCUGGAUUAGGAGCAGUAAGGGGGACAGUAGUAGAAGAGGUCAAAGAGGAAAUAGGUGUUGCAUCACCAGGGGUUUUGCAGGCCACAAAGAGGGCAUAUUGAUUCUAAGCACUUAUAACCCCAAUGUGUCCUCUGACACUAGGACCUGGAUUUUUCUCAGGCACUUCAAAUUUAUCAUCCCCUGAAGCAGACGCUGUGGAUGUGCCGCCCUUAUCCACUGAGCCCGUCGGGGAAGUCCUAUGCAGACAGUUCCCAGACACCCAGUCUCUCCAGCUGAGUCUCCUCAGCUGCUCCGUGAGGUUUUGUCUGAGGGUGCUCUCUGGGGAAACAAGUGUGCUCCUGCACCCAGCACACCUGAAGUGGGAGGGGGAGGUUCUGUAACCUCAGAGACAGGAAUUGGUGAAUAAAUACUCCUGCUUCCUGGCUCUGAGGAGGUCAAUUCUGAGGUACCUUCUCCAAGUGUCUCAAAGAGUCUCCACCGAGAUUGUUCAUUCACAGUGGCAACCUUUUAAUCAAAAUGCCCCUUUAUUGGCUUUUCUUCUUUCUUUGUCUCACUUCCCCUCACUUCCUCCUCAGGAAAGUCCUUGCACCCAACUCUCCGGAUCUGCUUUGAAAGGACCCAAUUAAGGCCUUCCUUAAAUAUAUUCCCCUAAAUAUUGUUUUCUGUUCUUCAUCUCAGGCAUGAACCUAACUUGUCAUAAUCAGACACCCAAGUCUGGCCAGUUCUCCUAGAAAGACAGAGGACGAGUUUUCGGCCUUGAUGAGACCUGAUUCAGCUAAACAAAGCUGGGGAGGGGGAACAAGAGCUAGGGGACUUGUCGGCUCACUGACCCUGAGUCCAUGUGCAGAACCAACAGAGGCACCAUUGGCGGCUACUUCCUGGCAGGACGAAGCAUGGUGUGGUGGCCGGUCGGGGCCUCCCUCUUUGCCAGCAACAUCGGCAGUGGCCACUUUGUGGGCCUCGCAGGCACUGGUGCUGCAAGCGGUUUGGCUGUGGCUGGAUUUGAGUGGAAUGCGCUGUUCGUGGUGCUGUUACUGGGCUGGGUCUUCGCACCAGUGUACCUGACCGCGGGCGUCAUUACCAUGCCGCAGUACCUGCGCAAGCGCUUCGGAGGCCAUCGUAUCCGCCUCUACCUGUCAAUGCUCUCGCUUUUUCUGUACAUCUUCACCAAGAUUUCGGUGGACAUGUUCUCCGGGGCAGUAUUCAUUCAACAGGCUCUGGGCUGGAACAUCUAUGCCUCGGUCAUCGCUCUUCUGGGCAUCACCAUGAUCUACACUGUGACAGGAGGGCUGGCGGCACUGAUGUACACGGAUACCGUACAGACCUUCGUCAUUCUUGGGGGGGCCUUCAUCCUCAUGGGUUACGCCUUCCACGAGGUGGGCGGGUAUUCGGGGCUUUUCGAGAAAUACUUGGGAGCCGUGACGUCGCUGACGGUUUCUGAGGAUCCGGCGGUGGGCAAUAUCUCAAGUUCCUGCUACCGACCCCGGCCUGACUCCUACCACCUGCUCCGGGACCCUGUGACGGGGGACCUGCCAUGGCCAGCACUGCUCCUGGGACUUACCAUCGUCUCCGGCUGGUACUGGUGCAGCGACCAGGUCAUCGUGCAGCGCUGUCUGGCCGGGAAGAGUCUGACCCACAUCAAGGCGGGCUGCAUACUGUGCGGCUACUUGAAGCUGAUGCCCAUGUUCCUCAUGGUCAUGCCAGGCAUGAUCAGCCGCAUUCUUUAUCCAGACGAGGUGGCGUGUGUGGUGCCCGAAGUGUGUAAACGCGUGUGCGGUACCGAGGUGGGCUGCUCCAAUAUCGCCUACCCACGGCUUGUCGUGAAGCUCAUGCCCAAUGGUCUGCGCGGACUCAUGCUGGCGGUCAUGCUGGCUGCGCUCAUGUCCUCGCUGGCUUCCAUCUUUAACAGCAGCAGCACGCUUUUCACCAUGGACAUCUACACGCGCCUGCGGCCCCGCGCAGGCGAUCGCGAGCUGCUGCUCGUAGGAAGGCUCUGGGUGGUGUUCAUCGUGGCGGUGUCCGUGGCCUGGCUACCCGUGGUGCAGGCAGCGCAGGGUGGGCAGCUCUUUGACUACAUUCAGGCAGUCUCCAGCUACCUGGCGCCACCUGUGUCGGCCGUCUUUGUGCUGGCGCUCUUUGUGCCCCGUGUCAAUGAAAAGGGUGCCUUCUGGGGACUGAUUGGGGGCCUGCUUAUGGGUCUGGCACGACUUAUUCCCGAGUUCUCCUUUGGCUCGGGCAGCUGUGUGCAGCCCUCAGCGUGCCCGGCGCUCCUCUGCGGCAUGCACUACCUCUACUUUGCCAUUGUGCUCUUCAUCUGCUCUGGCCUCCUCACCAUCGCAGUCUCACUGUGCACAGCACCCAUCCCCCGCAAGCAUCUCCACCGCCUGGUUUUCAGUCUGCGGCACAGCACGGAGGAGCGAGAGGACCUGGAUGCCGAUGCGCUGGAAGGUCCAACCUCACCCCCUACACAGAAUGGGUGUCCGGAGCACGCUGUGGAGAUGGAGGGUAAGGCACUCCUCCAGGACGUGGGGCCAGGGACUAGGGGAGCCAGGUUCCUUCACACUCACUGUCCCGUGUCCAUUUUUCCUAGACGCCCAGUCCCCAGCACCAGGCCUGUUCCGCAGGUGCCUGCUCUGGUUCUGUGGAAUGAGUGGGGGUGGGGCGGGCAGUCCCCCAGCCCCUACCCAGGAGGCGGCGGCUGCAGCAGCCAGGCGGCUGGAGGACAUCAGCGAGGACUCGAGCUGGGCCCGUGUGGUCAACGUCAAUGCCCUGCUCAUGAUGGCUGUGGCCACAUUCUUCUGGGGCUUUUAUGCCUGAGGCCAACUCUGCUGGACACCAUGAGCUACAGCCAGGGCAGAGCUCAGCUUCACAAUGAAUGGGGGUGAGGCGCCUUGCAGUGGUGAGAAGGGAGUAGGGCAGGAGCGGGAGAGGGCAGGCUCUGGUGGGAAGGGGUAGGCCCUGGUUCCCCUUCUCUCCACCUUGUCUCUGUCUGGGGUCCCCAUCCAUCUGACUGGCAGUUACAGCCCACGAGACCUUGGACAAAGUGCCACAGCAGUUCCCCUAAGCAAAAAUAAAGCUGCUGUUCCCACA